AUUCUUUUCCGGAUUCAUGUCGCAGGAAAAGGGUCAACCAUUGCCUAAGUUUGGUGAGUGGGACGUCAAUGACCCAGCUUCAGCAGAGGGGUUUACAGUAAUCUUCAACAAGGCCCGAAAUGAGAAGAAAACAGGUGGCAAUCCAGACUCACCUUCAAAGGCUGAUUCCAAUAUAAAGCAAGCAGCAGACCCGUGCAAACCUCAAGCUAAAAAAUGGUUUUGCUGCAUGCAAAGCCCCCAUGCAGAAGCUUGACAAGGUUAUCUGCCCGAGUUGAAUAUAGGAUGCAUAUUCAUAACGAACUCCAGAACUCCUGUUGGGUUGGCGCGCUGGUUAUAGAGGAACUGCUUUAAGUCCUUUUUGUCCUGUAAUCUUGUGUUGGUGGGAAGAAUAUGAAAAACGACAUGUUUGAUGUACCUAUGUGAUGUAUUUUGUACUUUACAUUUAAAAGACAAUUUUUUCGAUUGCUUUCAUAUACGUGUGGUUUGUAGAGCGCAUCUCAACUAUAAAUUUUAUAAUUAUUUUAUUAGUCA